AUGUAUAUUUUACAAAUAUGGAUUAUAUUCAUAUUCACAGUACCAGAAUAUGUAAAAUGUGGUGAUAAUCCGAAUAACACAAAUGGUAGUAUAGAAAAUUCUGGUGGUGAAGAUGAUAACUUCUAUGUAACUGAGACAGCCAUUGAUGAGCAAAAACAGGAUGAUGGUGUACAACCUUCUACUGAAGCAAGUGAGGAAGAAGAAAUUGAUGUAGAAUUAUCAGAACCUGAAGAACAACCAUAUCCUUUAGGACCACCACAACCCACACAUCAGCCUUUUACUAUAGAAGAAGAACAAACAGAACCUCUCGAUUUAUCGAUGAAACCUACUCAACCACAACAAGGACAACCUAUACAGACACAACAAAUUUAUCCACAAUUUAGUCAACCUGUACAUCCUCCUCAACCUAUACAACCUGGUUACUUGGUCCGACCAGUAACAACUUAUCCGAGGCCACCAAUACAACCACAACAACUGCCUUAUCCAGGUCCUCAAUUUCAAGUACAACAACAACCUACCCCGACUCAGCCAAUUUAUCCAAGGCCGCCAAUGCCUGUUUUAAGACCUAUACCACGUUAUCCACAAGUUCCUUAUCAGGGACAUUAUUAUCCUCGUUAUUCACCAUAUCCAACUUAUCAAAGAUACAUACCACCAACACCACCUACACAUUAUGUACCACCACCUCAAGAACCAAUUCAAAGACCAAGUAUACCAUAUAUAGAUUUACCACCAAGACAUCAAACACCACCUACACAUUAUGUACCUCAGCCUCAGCCGAUUGAAGGACCAACGCCUGUGGCUCCUACUAUACCUAGUGAGACUCAAAAAAGUGGUUUUGAAAAGAAGACUCCGGGAAGAUGCAAAUCAAUUGUAUUAAUGAAGAGGAAUGGACGAGGUGAAUUGAUUCCAAUGAUAAGAAAAGACGUCAAAAAAGUAAGUUAUGAUAGAAACAAAGUGAAAUAUGAACUCCUUGCAAAUCUUGAGCAACUGUAUUGUGACGGUGAUUUAGUUUAUGAACAUUUUUUUUGGAACCCUUACGCCUCAAUAAUAAUUCAAAAUAAACGAAAUAAAGAAUUUUUCGUUAAACGUGGUGAUGAACUAGUUAUAGUUAAGCACGUUAAUAACAAAUGGAAAGUAAGUGAUCAUAAUAUUCCAUAUUGCUUUCAACUUUUCACUAAAGAUGGAGAAGGAAACGAUGUUAUAAUAACCAAAGAUCAAUAUGAAGUUGAUUUUAGUUAUACCGAAUGUUUUAAAUAUACAUUUAUUUCAGGUAUUAGAUGUCAUAAGGUUAUAGUCAAAAAUAAAUUUGUUUGGGAAAAAAAGGAAGAUGAAGAUAGUUAUCCUACGGCAAUGGUAUUGACCAAAGUAGGAAAAGUUUUAUUGUUCUUCAAAGGACAAAUUGUUACAUUUAUAGAAAAAUAUGACUGUUAUGAACAGAUACAAGCCAGAACUAAAGGAAGACGCAGUAAAAAAUAA